GGCCUACAACACAAACCCGCGGAGCAACAGCUCCUGUAACAACAGCACCGUGCAGAUUGUGUCCUGCGAUCAGGCUGACUUUUGCGUGUGAGACAUGAAUAUAUGAUCAGUCGAGUGUCGAUAGAACCGUGAUCGAGUGUUGGACCCGUCGGGUCGUGGAGGAGCCUCAGGAUGUUGGUGUUCAUGCUGCUGCUGCUGGGGGGGGCCGCCUCUGUGGACACGGAAGAUUCCUUUGAGAAGCUGUAUGGGGAGACAGUCACUUUUAGGAUGAGGACUUAUACUCUUUCAAUCAAGUUCAUCCCCCGCCCCACCUACGAGUCAGUGAUCAUUUGGAAACCCGGCGACCCUUCAGUCCCCGUGGACAGCAGGCGGAGUGUCUCUGGGGGCUACUUGGAGAUCAAAAAUCUAACCCAGAAAGACAAUGGCCGCUACGUAAUGAUUGGCAGAAAUGAGAGAGUCCUGUUGUCAUAUUCCCUUGAGGUCAUAGCACAGUAUAAGGACUUUAACCUGAAGGCUGGUGAAGAACUCAGUUUCACAUAUCCUCUUGUCAAGGACCACUGCAACAUCCACUUCUUCCCAAAGAAAUGGGAAUAUUAUGAACGGAUGACGUAUGACAUCCAGCUAGUUCGCAGCGGCAGAACGGUGGAUACCAACUUUUUCUGCAAUGACUUUGAAUUUGUAAAGCCGUGCGGGUUGGAGAUGGAGAUCCAAGAGCCAUGCUACGGAUACUUUGAGGUCAGGGAUCAAUAUGAUGGAGUCGCUUUGAAUGUGACAGUGGAUUGGAUGGGUGAACCUUUUGAUUUGGGCUACAUUGGAAUUUGCGUUGGUUCUUCCCUGGUCUCACUUAUCUGCUGCUGCUGUGUGAAACGCUGCUGCUGCAAAAGCUCCAAGAAAAAGGACCCAGACUCUGCUGCCGCUGAAGUGGCUGUGGCUUACAACGAGUAUGACCACGAGCCAGUGGCACUGGGGCCAGCACAGCCCAGUCCGCGCCCUGUGACAUACUACACCGCUCCACCUCCCCAAGCUCUGACUGGCCCGCUGAUACACAAUCCUACUAUAGUGAAUGGGCCCCACGCGUAUUCUGAGGUUUCAGCUCCAGCAGAGCCGGCCUACGCUCCCGUUCCCUCUCUGCUCUCUGACUCUGGGCUGCAGUUUGAGCUGAAGGGAAUGAACUUUCCCUGUGCUCCCCCUCUCAGCGCAGAUCCAACUUACAUCAGUGUUUAUACCUCCAACAAACUCGACUUCCUCUGAAAGCCUUGAAUCUGAACGGUGCACUCAUUGAAUGAAAGGUUUGACAUCAGGGAUAUACUCCUCAUCUGGUUGUCUGGGAACUGGCUCCAGCCAAGAAACAGUCACAUAGCCUUGUCCAUAAGAACAGAAUUAAACAAGAAAAACACGGUAAUCUUUGGUUUUUAGAAACACUAAUGAGUUCAUUCAAAUACUUAAACAGAAAGCAGAGAUAUGUUUUCCUGCCUAUUUCUAUUGUCAAUGCCCAGCUAAGCUCAACAACUGCUGGCUGAACUCAAUCAGCAGUCAUACAAGCUGUAGGGAACCGACUCUGAAAGACACCCAUCCAUUGCAGAUUCCAUAACGCUCCGUUGUGCCAAAUUUGACCAGACUGGAUAAACGGGGAAGUACCAGUAGAAAGGGAAGACCAUAGGUUUCACUUUUAUUUGAGAUCACUCUGAUCUUCGAAAGCCAUCUGGGACGAUCAGUGAGUUUAAAGCCAUAGAUAAAAAAAACAUCCACUCUCAAAAGCAAGUCCUUCUGCAGGUGUUGUCAGGAAUACCUCAUCUGUAACAGACCAGUUUGCCUGUGAAAAACCUGCAUCAGGGAAGCUGUGGAUGUUCAAUCACAUUUGUAGAGAUACAAAACUACUAACUGACAAUUUUUCUCAGGUCCAUCCACGCACAUACUCGAAUGUUUUCUUUUUAAUCGAAUGAAAAAAGACUGUAUGAUAACUUGAAAGAUAUCACAAACUUUUUUGAUGAAGACUUUAACAUACCUCUACACCUCUGUGCCGCACUCAUCUCAGCACCGUGCCUUGACCACGCAACUAAACAUGAAUGUAGGCGCACAGACGCUCACACAUGCUCACCUCCCCUUCUUUCUGCAUGUCUCCUCCCUCUCAUAGAUAUGCACUGAACACAACAGUCGAUUUUUAUUUAGCCUUUAUGACCCAUGCGAUAGUUAUUCAAUUAGUGGUCGUCUUACUCUGCAUGUCGUAGUGCUUUAGAUUCUGUAGAUGGGUUGAAUUUUAUUGAAACUGUAGUUGUAACCCUUGUUAGAUUCCUGUUUUUGUAUCAUGGUGUAUUUUACAAUGUUAGGAGUAUUAAACCUAACAACAAGGA